AUGUCUAUUGAACUCGCCAACCUCUCAAGAGCGCAUUCAUCGAGAACGCGAGCUAAUGGUUCCCAUGCUGGCUAUCCUCCUCCACCAUCUGCGACCGUGAUUAACAAUGCCUCGAUAACGGAUCCAGAAUUCCAGCCUCCUCUAGGCCUGGAUGUCGACAAAUAUAACAAAGGAUGGCGGAAGAUAGUUCGAAAUUUUACGCCUUCGUGGUUCACGGUAACGAUGGGAACUGGCAUAGUUUCCAUCCUUCUUUUCAAUCUUCCCUAUAACGGCAUUUGGCUGUAUUGGAUCUCAGUCGGCAUCUUCGGGCUGAAUAUCCUCCUAUUCUCCCUCGCGCUAUUUAUAAGUAUAUUGCGAUACACGCUCUAUCCUGAAAUAUGGACGGUUAUGAUCAACGAACCGUUCCAGUCCAUGUUUCUCGGGGCAUUCCCGAUGGGAUUUUCAACGAUUAUUGAUCUGAUGAUAGACAUUUGCGCUCCGGCUUGGGGAUCUUGGGUUACUAUUGUUGCAUGGGCUUUUUGGAUUGCUGAUUCGGUCGUUGCAGCGUUAUGUGCGUUGAUCUUGCCAUUUCUUCUAAUGAUACCAGGAAGACAGAUUCAAUUACAAUCGGUGACUGCGGUUUGGUUAUUACCUGUAAUCAGCACCAUAGUAGCGGCAGCUACGGGAUCUAUUGUCGCGGAAGCUCUCCCCGAUCCUCAAAUGGCCCUCUGGACAAUCGUGACGAGCUACAUCCUUUGGGGUAUGGGUAUAUGUCUGGCGGGGAUUAUUCUGGCAACCUAUUUCCAGCGUCUGGCACUGCACAAACUCCCCGCCAAAACUGUGAUUGUGAGCGUUUGCCUACCAUUGGGUCCAAUGGGCCAGGGAGGGUUUACAAUUCUAAAUCUCGGUGUACAGGCCAAAAGAGUCUUUGCGAUAACUAACACUCUGCAGCCAUCUACUGGAAAUAUGCUUGAGUCGAUUGGCUUUGUGACUGCGCUCGUUUUGUGGGGGUUUGGACUCGUAUGGCUAUUCGUAGCCAUUGUCUCCCUAAUCCGGUGUAGGCCAUUCCCUUUCACGAUCGGUUGGUGGGCCAGUGUUUUCCCGUUGGGGGUGUAUUCGAAUGCCACAGUAUUACUAUCAAGGGUGAUGCCAUCCAAAUUUUUCAAGGUGCUUGGAACGAUAUUAUCAGUUGCGGUUGUGGUGGUAUGGCUCACUGUUUCUUUCGGCACCAUAAGAGGCAUCAUGACCCAGAAACUAUUUUAUGCACCGUGUCUAAGUGAUUUAAGAGUUAAACAGAAGAAGCAGCGGUUCAAGUUCCAUAUUCCACGGCGCCGGGUGAAGUUUCGGCUUGGAUAAGCUGCAAUGCACACCGCUGCAUUUGUAUU